AUGGAUCUAUCAUCUAUCACCCACCCUCAUAUUAUUCCAAAGAUGCAUCGUUCGUGUGCGUCGUGUGUAGAAAUUGGAGGAGCUAGCAUCAGAACGACGGCCGUAGCUAGUACUGACAACUACGGCAGCGUCCACACUCUUGUGAAGAUAUUCUUGUCCAACACGAAGAACAUGAAGAAAAUCAUUGAUCUUAGCACAGAACGUGCACAAAAGGCAGGUAACCAAACUAAAACAGUCUUGCUCCAGCUCUGCGAUGGAGACCAUUGCCUAAUAUUUAAACUUCCCUCUGAUGAAGAUAAAAUUCCUGUUCCUGUCUCUCUCUUCAAUUUCCUCAACCUACCUGAUUUCACAUUCGUUGGAAUUGGCAUCAACAAGACUCUGGAGAAUCUUGAGAGUGAGUUUGGUUUGACCUGCAACAAUGCUGUUGAGAUCGGACCCUCGUCGUGGGACCUUUUAAACAAGACUGAGGAGAGUUGCCGUAUUGUGCGUCGAUUUAUCUCUACUACAGAACCAACAAGUACAGUUUCAGAUGACUGGAACGACUUCUCUAAUGGCCAUAAUCAGGUCGAGCUUGCAACAGCUAAUGCUUACCUUGCUUUCAUAAUUGGGAACAUGCUCAUGGCGACGUAUUGA